CGCGAGACGAGGAAGCGGCGGUUGGAAGCGGCCGUUGGGAAGGUACCACUGAGGUGGUGGGGAGGAGGGGAGCCGCUGAGCCUCCCCUUUCCUUGGGGUCCCCCCCCCGACCGAAGAAGGCUUGUAUAUUUACUUUUCAACCUGGCCAUAUUUGAAGAUACUUGAACAGACAAGACAGAUCAUUCUACAAACCUGAAAAAUCUGAAAUCUAAAAAAGGAGGAUUAAUCUCCCCCCCAUAAUAGAAGCUGCACCUGUAGCUGUUUUCCUUACCUCGGGCUCCUCUCUCCAUCAUGGGAGAGAUUAAAGUCUCUCCGGACUAUAACUGGUUUAGAAGCACAGUUCCUCUUAAAAAGAUUAUAGUAGAUGAUGACGACAGUAAAGUUUGGUCACUGUAUGAUGCGGGACCUCGCAGUAUCAGGUGCCCCCUUAUAUUUCUCCCACCGGUCAGUGGCACAGCGGAUGUGUUCUUUCAGCAGAUCUUAGCCUUGUCUGGAUGGGGCUACAGAGUCAUUGCUUUGCAGUAUCCAGUUUACUGGGAUAUUUUUGAGUUCUGCGAUGGAUUCAGAAAAUUAUUAGAUCAUCUACAGCUGGAUAAAGUUCACCUAUUUGGCGCAUCUUUGGGAGGCUUCCUUGCCCAGAAAUUUGCUGAAUAUACCCAUAAAUCGCCCAGAGUGCAGUCUCUGAUUCUGUGCAAUUCUUUCAGUGACACAUCAAUCUUCAACCAGACAUGGACAGCAAACAGCUUUUGGCUAAUGCCUGCCUUUAUGCUGAAGAAAAUUGUACUUGGGAACUUCGCUUCUGGCCCUGUAGAUCCAGAAAUGGCUGAUGGAAUUGAUUUCAUGGUUGAUAGGUUGGAAAGCCUGGGUCAAAGCGAGCUUGCCUCAAGACUUACCCUCAAUUGCCAGAAUUCAUAUGUGGAACCUCACAAAAUCAGAGACAUUCCUGUAACUAUCAUGGACGUCUUUGACCAGAGUGCCCUUUCAACUGAAGCAAAGGAAGAAAUGUAUAAGCUGUAUCCCAACGCCAGGAGGGCCCACCUCAAGACGGGAGGCAACUUCCCGUAUCUCUGCAGAAGUGCCGAGGUCAAUCUCUAUGUCCAAAUACACUUACUGCAGUUCCACGGUACCAGAUAUGCUGCAAUUGAUCCCUCCAUGGUCAGUGCAGAAGAACUUGAAGUCCAGAAAGCCAAUCUCCAAGCCAGCAGUGACCAAGAACAGGCAUAGUAGCCUUCGCAUUUGUGGCCUCACUUCAUCCAGAAAGUCUUCUCUUGCAGUCUUCCUAGGCAGUUGCAUCUUUCCAGUCUGCCUCUUCCUUACUAUUUAACCGAUGAGUUAGAAUUGUAUCCUUAACACCAAUUACAUUAAACGAAAUAAAGGUACAAACACUUGCUUACAUCACUAUACCAGGCUAUCCUUGUUUAAAUUUGGAUGAUUAUAGAUGUAACUUUGGAAGACUUGUUUUAAAAAAUUGAAGACAAACUUUUGCUACCAAAGCCUUUACGAGUGUAUUCUUAAAGAGACUAUUUUUUUUAUAUGCAUACAAUUUGUGUGUCCCUGUGUGUGUGUGUGUAUAUGUGUAUGUAUAUAUCAUGGGCAACUUCUCUGGAGGUUCAUUUAUCCUUUGAUGGACUAUCUAAAAAAAAACAAACAAACCUAUGUUGAUGUGCCAAUAUUGCCUUUUCUUUUUUAUAUCUUUUUGCCAGUUAGUAACUUCAUUUGUGACUGAAACAUUCAUUUUUGUAAAACUGCCUUGCUAUUGGAAUAAAGCUUUUGA